CCUAACGCUCCGGCGCUCCGGCGCACGGUCCUACUCCAGUGCACGAUCCUAACCCAGCGCACUCCAGUGUGGGCGAGCUUCGCCGCCGGCGCGGGCCGCCGCCCCGAGGACCGACCACCGUCCUCUGGUCGCGCUCCAUCCUCCACCGACCACCGGCAUCGCGCUCUCCGUCCUCCACCAGCGCCGCGCUCUACGCUCUCUAGCCAGCCCUUCUCACCUCCAGCCAGAUACCCCUCGCCGCCCGCCGUCGCCCGCCUCCGGCCAGAUCUGGACGCGCCGCCCCGCCUCCGGCCUCCCCUCCGUCCGGAAGCCCCUCCUCGGUGGCUCUUAGCAAGGCGAGGCGAGACAAAGCAAGAGUCCCAAUCGUACUCACCGUCUUUAGCUUUCCAAAUAUCUCCACCUAUCCCCAACCCCCCUCCCCACCUCAGAUCCCUAAAUCUGCAUCGAUUCGGUGUCUAACCCUAAUACCCGUCUUUCUACCCUACCGUUCCGGCGAUCCCACCGGGCCGCCUCCAUGUUCACCUCCCGUGGCGGCGGCGGCAACAUCUGCAUCUGUGAACCGAGCGACCUUAAGGACGGAUUCCACUUUGCCAGGAGCAAAUAUGAGAUUGAAUCAGUUCUUGCCAAGAUCGAGAAGAUCUACAGCCGGUUGAAGCUGCCUAAGCACGCGUCGCGCAACGGCUGCUGCUCCUGCGUCGGUCUCCUGGCUCCUGCCACCAAUAUCAUCGUCAACUUCCUCAUCUGCAAAGAUGCUGCGGAACUGCUGCCCGAAGGACAGGAGGCUGGGGGCAUGAUCCAGCGGUCUCUCGACGGCCUCAUCGCCUUCCUCACCUGCCUCUUCCCCUAUCUCCCCGACGCGGAGGCCCUGGCAUAUCUCUCCGCUGCCGACGGAGACCCCCUUGUCGCCGCCCUCAUCAUCAUCGACAGGCGCGGGCUGACCAGAGAGUCCUUCAUCACCGAGACAGGACUCGAGAUCGCCCUCAGAUCCGCAGCGGUUGCCGCCCAGCACCCAGAUCCGCAGCGUUUCAUGCGAGGGUGGAAGCUGGUUUCACUUUGCCCACAGGAGUUUGCCAAGUUGGCCGUACCAUGCGACGACAAUCAAGGGUUGAUUUUUGAGCUGGCCCGCAGAAUGAGCGUGCUUGAUGGGUCCUCGACAGAUCUUUGCCUGGCUGAUGGGACUUCUUGGGAACUAGCCAGGGAUCGCCUUUCAUCUUGGAAAGGGGGGCUUCCUCGGCUUCCUCCUGUCCGAGCAACCAUGAAGCGCCUGCUCCUUUCCAUGAUCCACGGAUUCUAUCUGAAGGCGCUGGGGGCUCUACCGAAGAAGGAGCUGACUGAUUGCUAUCACCGCAGCUUGCUCAUGGGUGGCCACUGCUAUGGCCCGCUGGACCCAGUCUCCAACAUCAUCGUCAACACCAUCUGGUAUGAUCAAACCUUCCCAGCAAGAGAAGUACAGCCACUAAACAUGAUCAGCACCAACUGCCUGUGGCGCAUCACGGCCCAAUCACUCUAUGGCCUUGUAUCCUUCCUUCGCAGCCGCUACCCAAACCUCACACCUGACCAAGCCUUGCAGCGCUUGCUGGACGCACGGGCUGAGUUGUCUUUUGCUGAUCCCUUACUGCAAACUGGAUGCACCACAACCUCUCGUAUGCUGCGCAAAGACGCUGAACAUACCAAGCCACACGCCACUCUCACUGAAGCGUAUGUUGCUGCAGCCACCGCUGCGUUCCACCCAAGCCCACUAUUGCAGAAAGAUUUUCUUGGAAUACCAGAUUCUGUGCGUAAUCUCAUGGUUAUCUCAGAGAUGUUGUCUGUGCACGAUGGUCAAACAAUCCCUAAAGAGAAAUUUGAGUGCCUUUUGAUCCUUCUCAAGUGUCCAUCCUCUGUUGGCACGUCACCCCGACCGCAACAGGAGCUGGAGCAUAAACAGGUAAGCAAGAGGGUCUACGUCCAGGCUUCUGUAUGCAAGAAUAUGUUCUGGGGCAAGCAUGAGCGAGUCAACAGCAUGGUGAGAGCAGUCUUGGACAAGUACAACGAGACCGCGGUAUCCAAGUAUAGUCUUCAUGUUAUCUGUGGUGUUAAUGAGCUUGUUGACCGGGAGUUUAGCUUGGACCGGAGUAUCAAAUGCCACAAUCCUCGGACCCCUUACAAAUACAAUUACUCUCACAUCAAUUUCCUGGCAACUCGUGAAGGCUCUUCUUCUGCAACACUUUUCUUUGCUGAAUGCAGUAAUCAUUGCACCAGCAAUUCUUGGUGUAUCCCUGUGCUACUGCAGCCAGAUGCUGGUAUCUGUACGAUGGCUGGUACGCGUCCAGAGUCCAGGCCAGGUGUUGGUACGCGUCCAGAGACUGGUGUGCAGCCAGAUGCUGGGGCUGGUAUCCACACAGAGGCUGAUGCAGAUGCUGGUAUGCGUCCAGGGGCUGGUAUCCGUUCAGAGUCCGGACCAGAUGCUGGGGAUGGUAUCCGUCCAGGGGCGCCAGAUGCUGGUAUGCGUCGAGGUCCUGGUAUCCAUCCAGAUACUGGUAUGCGUCGAGGUCCUGGUAUCCGCCCAGAGGCUGCUCGCUGCAUUUACUGUGAGUUUGGAGGGAGCAAGAUUUUGCAUCCAAUUGCAAAGAGUUUUUGUGGGCGUGAUGAUUUUAAGAAGCUCAGUGGUGGAGGUCUUUACACCAAUAACCGGCUCAUAAAAAAAGAGGUGGUAGAUUGGGUGUAUGGGUCUCAAGAAGAGACCAUCUACUUCAACUACUGGGUGGACGCUGACGCUACCGCCGCGGAUGGAUAUAGGCUGCCGAAGCUGAGGAGGGGUUGCAAGGGCUUCAUUUUUGUGAUGCUUGCUGCUGUUAUGCCAGGAUUUCGCUGGUCCAUGACUCAGAUUCUGUUACAGAAAGAUGCUUAUGGCCUGGAAAACCCAAUUACCAUGAUGACCCAUGUUACACCAGUGAUGGCCAUAGCCACCAUGAUACUGUCUCUAUUACUGGAACCUUGGAGUGAUUUUCAGAAGAAUUCAUAUUUCGAUAACCCUUGGCAUGUCAUGCGCAGUUGCUUACUCAUGCUUAUCGGAGGAUCCUUGGCCUUUUUCAUGGUGUUAACAAAGUAUAUACUUAUUUCAGCAACAAGUGCCAUCACUGUGACGAUAGCUGGGGUAGUAAAAGAAGCUGCAACCAUUUUGGUUGCUGUAUUUUAUUUCCAUGAUGAAUUUACUUGGUUGAAAGGGCUUGGUCUUUUCACCAUUAUGGUUGGUGUUAACAAAAAACUAAGGGGAUUUUUUCUAAAACCAGCCCCAUAAAUCUGCUCCAACAAGGAAUCGAACUUGGGUACUGGUGCGACCAUACGUCCAUACUUCAGCCCCUCUAACCAACUAGACUAGAGGAGCUUUUGUUAUGGUUGGUUGGUGUUAGCUUAUUCCAAUUGGUACAAGUUAGUACUCCUUUACGAGAAUCUAAGUCACGCACACUCAAUGCGAUUUCAAAGUCCUUAAUUACUACAAAACAAGCUUUAGGGUUA